UUCAGAUGUAGCUGACCUUUUUAUGUGACAUUUUCAACGUAUCUGAUGUAUAUAAAACAUGCACAGAAAUAUUUCAUCAUAUGCAAGCUUAAGUUUCUUAGGCAAGGUGGCAAAGGAUGCAACCUCUCCCUCUCCUCCCUCCCUCCCUCCCUCCCUUUCCUCCUCCAUGCAGGUUGACCUCACAUCUUCCUCCAGCAUCUUCUCACAACAACUACACGCCUCAUGGUGACCUCAGACUGAGGAAGGAGCAGCGAGGAUGCCUCUGCUGGAAAACUUUCACUCCCUGCAACUUUAAGGAGACAGGCCCAUGGCCCAUAGCAGAAGGAAGGUGGCAGCAGAGCGGAGAUGUUUACCAAGAAGUCUCCUGCAGAGGAGAAGAGGAGGGUCAGGGCCAAUGACAGAGAGUACAAUGAAAAGUUCCAGUAUGCGACUAACUACAUCACAACAUCCAAGUACAACAUCUUCACCUUUCUGCCCAUCAACCUGUUUGAGCAGUUUCGGGUAGCGGCCAACGCCUACUUCCUCUUCCUGUUCCUACUGCAGGUGUCCUCCCUGUCCUGGUUCACCACCAUCGUGCCUUUGGGGAUGGUGCUGAGCAUCACGGCUGUGAAGGACGCUUCAGACGACUAUUUUCGCCACCAGAGCGACAACCAAGUGAACAACCGGAAGUCUCAAGUGCUCAUCAGUGGCUCGCUUAAGAAUGAAAAAUGGAUGAACGUUCGCGUGGGUGACAUCAUCAAAUUAGAGAAUAAUCAGUUUGUGGCGGCCGACCUGCUGCUGUUGUCCAGCAGUGAACCUCAUGGGCUGUGUUACAUUGAGACCGCGGAACUGGACGGAGAGACCAACAUGAAGGUGCGGCAGUCUGUCUCGGUGACGUCAGAACUGGGGGAUCCCAACAACUUGGCGGCGUUUGAUGGCAAGGUGGUCUGCGAGCCCCCCAACAACAAACUGGAUCAUUUUGACGGGACUCUGUACUGGAGAGCCAUGAAGUGUACUUUAACCAACCAGAACAUGCUCCUUCGAGGGUGUGUGCUCCGCAACACCGAGGCCUGCUUCGGCCUGGUCAUCUUUGCAGGUCCAGACACCAAACUGAUGCAGAACAGCGGUCCCACCAAGUUUAAACGGGCCAGCAUCGACAUUCUGAUGAACACCUUGGUCCUCUGGAUCUUUGGCCUGCUGGUGUGUAUGUGCAUGUUUUUAGCUAUAGGCAACGCAGUGUGGGAGCAAGUGGUCGGUUCCCGGUUUCAGAAUUAUCUAUCGUGGGAACCUCCAGUCGACAUCGUUGUCUUCUCCGCUUUCUUCGCCUUCUGGUCCUAUGUGAUCAUCCUCAACACUCUGGUGCCCAUCUCUCUCUAUGUCAGCGUGGAGGUGAUCAGACUGGCUCACAGCUUCUUUAUUAACUGGGACCCGCAAAUGUUCUGCUCCCAAUGCAACACAGCAGCAAAGGCCCGGACCACCACUUUGAGUGAGGAGUUGGGCCAGGUCGAAUACAUUUUUAGCGACAAGACUGGCACGCUCACUCAGAACAUUAUGACCUUCAACAAGUGCUCCAUCAACGGACACAGUUAUGGUGAGGUGACAGGCUCACUGGGACCUAAGCCAAAGAGGCUGGACUUUACACCCUUCAAUCCCCUGGCAGACCCAGACUUCUGUUUCUACGACGAUACGCUGCUGGAGUCAGUGAAAGUGGGAGAUUCCGACACUCAGGAGUUUUUCCGCCUGCUCUCCCUCUGCCACACAGUCAUGAGUGAGGAGAAGAGUGAAGGAAAUCUGGUGUACAAAGCUCAGUCUCCAGACGAGAGCGCUCUAGUGACAGCCGCACGGAACUUUGGAUUUGUAUUCCGCUCUCGAACGCCCGGCACCAUCACCACAACAGAGAUGGGGCGACCCGUCACAUACAUCCUGCUGGCCAUACUGGACUUUAACAACAUACGAAAGAGGAUGUCUGUCGUAGUACGUAACCCGGAGGGCAGGAUCCGUUUGUACUGCAAAGGUGCUGACACGGUGUUAUUCGAGAGGCUCCACCCCUGUAACCAAGAACUGAUCAGGGUCACCUCAGACCACCUCCAUGAGUACGCGACAGAGGGCCUGCGGACAUUGACUCUGGCCUACCGGGACCUGUCUGAGGAGGAAUGGGAGACGUGGUCCGAGAACCAUGACUGUGCUGAGAAAGAAGACCUGCUGUCUGUGGUCUAUGAGCAGAUAGAGCAAAACAUGAUGCUGCUGGGUGCCACAGCCAUAGAGGACAAGCUGCAGGAAGGCGUCCGAGAGACCAUCGCUCUCCUCUCCCUGGCUAACAUCAAGACAUGGGUUCUUACCGGAGACAAGCAAGAGACGGCAGUCAAUAUCGGCUACUCGUGUAAGAUGCUGACGGAUGACAUGACUGAGAUGUUCAUCAUCAGUGGACACAGUGUCCAGAGUGUGAAGCAAGAACUCAGGAGGGCCAGGGAAAGGAUGAUUGAGUUUUCGCAAAACAAAGAUGGUAGACGAGACGAGGGAGUUGAGGAAUGUGGAGACGCCUGCUUCGAGGGUGCAACAGGAGGGAAAGAUCUGCAGCCGCCUGCAACCUCCGACCUCAUGGACAACAUCUCUGGGGAGUUUGCUCUCGUAGUCAACGGCCACAGCUUGGCCCAUGCGCUGGAUGCAGACAUGGAGGAGGAGUUUGUCACCACGGCGUGCGCGUGCAAAGCAGUGAUCUGCUGCAGAGUAACCCCCUUGCAAAAAGCUCAGGUGGUGGAGCUGAUUAAAAAAUACAAGACAGCCAUUACGCUGGCCAUCGGGGACGGAGCCAAUGACGUGAGCAUGAUCAAGACUGCUCAUAUUGGUGUUGGUAUCUCGGGUCAGGAGGGCAUCCAGGCCGUGCUGGCCAGCGACUACUCCUUCUCCCAGUUCCGCUUUCUGCAGCGUCUCUUGCUGGUGCACGGCCGAUGGUCCUACAUUCGCAUGUGUCGCUUCCUGUAUUACUUUUUCUACAAGAACUUUGCCUUCACCAUGGUGCACUUCUGGUUCGCCUUUUUGUGUGGCUUCUCAGCGCAGACGGUGUACGAUCAGUUCUUCAUCACACUCUUCAACAUUGUCUACACGUCUCUCCCUGUGCUGGCAAUGGGCGUAUUUGACCAGGACGUUUCUGAUCAAAAGAGUCUGGAGUAUCCAAAGCUCUAUGAGCCUGGCCAACUCAACCUGCUCUUCAACAAGAGAGAGUUCUUAAUCUGCGUCGCCCAGGGUUUCUACACAUCAAUGGUGCUGUUUUUUGUCCCUUACGCCACCAUGUCCGGCGCCACGCAGAGCAGCGGGCAGCCCCUCGCCGACUACCAGACCUUUGCUGUCACCACGGCAACAGCCCUGGUCAUUGUUGUCAGUGUACAGGUCGCGCUUGACACAGCCUACUGGACCAUCAUCAACCACAUCUUUUUGUGGGGAUCCUUGGGUUUCUACUUCAUCAUCAUGUUUGGUCUGGACAGUCAGAGGCUCUUUGCAGUGUCGCCCAACUACUUCCAUUUUGUAGGCAGUGCUCAGAGCACACUGUUGCAGCCGGUGGUGUGGUCAACUCUUGCGCUGGCAACAGCAAUCUGUGUAAUUCCAGUUUUGGCGUUGCGCUUCCUCAAAUCGGACCUCAAACCUCAGCUCUCAGACACGGUCCGCUACGCUCAGCUGGUACUUCAAAAGAAGAGGAGACCAGCAGGCAGCAGCGUGGCAUCUACCUGGUGCAAGGCUUGCAGCACCUGGGAGGACCGCCAGCAUGCAAAAGGCGGCUCCCGGAGGUCCGGCUAUGCCUUCUCGCACCAAGAGGGCUUUGGAGAGCUGAUCACCUCAGGAAAGAACAUGGCCAGCUUUGCCCCCAAACACAGCUCCAGCUGGGUGGAUACUCUCCUCAGGAAGAAACGUGGUCACGGUUCCACCGGUGCUUUGGGGGAGUGCACUCCAGCGGUCUCACAUCGGUCUCCUGUUACUGGGUCUUUGCAGGAUUCUCCCAUCCGGGAGGAAAGAGCCAAACAGGAGAGACUUCAACGGAAGCUUCCAGAACAGAGAAGUCUGCAGGGGUCAUCCUCUGUUACCAAAGAAACCAUCCAAACUACGUGAAAAAGCGUUACUUCUGUGGCGCAUUGGAGUGUUUCCUAGUCCUAACGUGCAGCGACGUCCAAAUGCUCCAAACACUCCAGUAUGGAAGUAGAAUUGUCUCACAUCAACUUAUAUACAUCAAUAUGAUAUUAAUACAUAUGCAUAUAUUAAUAAAUAUACAAAUGUGAUAUAUUAAUAAAUAAAUAAUUUGUAUAAAUAAACGCGGAUUUGUAAAUAUAUUUUUGAGAUUUGAAAAUAUAAACAAAUAAAAUGUGUAAUGUUAAAAA